AUGUGUAUUGACUAUAGGAACCUCAAUAAGGCAUGCCAUACUGAGGCGUACCCUGUGCCCCGGCCAAACGACGUGCAAGAGCACCUGGCUGGUGCACGAGUGUUUUCGACUCUCGAUUUGAGAAGUGGUUACUGGCAGAUCCCGGUUCGCAAGGAGGACCAACGGAAGACCGCCUUCUGCCCCGGGCCAGGCUUCCCAUUGUUUGAGUGG